AGAUGUGAUGUCAUCAGACGGCGACAAACCAAACGCUGAUGAAAUUGCUAGUAACGCGUAUGUCCGUCAACAUAUAGAUCUCAGUUGUCAUGUUGGUUUUACAGAAAUGUUGUGCUAUUUUAAGUUCGCCAGAUUAUUGGAGGGCGAUGCCGACUGUCCGCCGGUUGUUUCGCUGUUAUCGCAGUCGGCCAACGCUGUCUAGAGUCUGUGGACCAACCUCUCCGGAGCCACCGACGGCCACAUCCAGGACGGGGCUUCUCUCCUCACAGUCAGACCGUAGUUUUCAUACUGUGUUACCUGUUGACAGACGUGAAGCUCGCCUAAGCAGUUAUGGAAGAUUCUCAACGUCACCGAGUACCACAAGUGACGCUGUUGGGAAGAUCCAGUCAACUCAUUAUCAUCUCAUUUACACAUGCAAGGUUUGCUCUACCAGGUCCACGCAGAAGAUAUCCAAGCAGGCUUAUCACAAAGGCGUCGUGAUAGUGACAUGUGCAGGAUGUAAGAAUCAUCAUAUCAUCGCAGAUAACCUCGGCUGGUUCUCUGACCUGGAAGGGAAGAGAAACAUUGAGGAAAUCCUUGCAGCCAAAGGAGAGACUGUGAAGAGGGUUGAAGGAAGUGCUGCUUUGGAGAUAGUGGUCGAUGAAUCCAGUAAAGAAACAAAGUCACAAUGUGGUGAAGACAAUGAUCCAGAAAAACAAUAAUGCUGUCUUUCUACUGUAUAUGUAUAUUUUGUAAGAUGAUUAUAUCUAAUUUCUUAAUAAACAUAAAUCAAUCGUCAA